GGGAUCAGUGCAACCAAAAGCCUCCCUUCCGGUUGGAUGCUCCAAAAGCCAAGUAACCCCCACCUGCACCCCACUCAGUCACGACACCCUCCACUUCUCACGUUUCCAGGGCGUUGCUUUCCUCCCUCCCGUGUCCUUUGUAUGUAUAUUAAUGUUAAUAUGGUACAAUAUCGGCAUCUCUCCGCUCUUCAACUUCCUCUUGCAUUUACAUAUCACGCAUCACAGCAAACCUGUGAACAAUCUCCCCCCUUUUCUCUUCCUCCUUAUUCAUAUUUAUUUCUUUCCCCAAACCCAUCAACCCCAUCCUCUCUUCUUCCAUCUCUUCCACUCGAAGAAUGGAAAUGGCUUCCUUGCACUAUAGGUCUAGUAGAAUUCUUCAUCUAUUUGUUGGUGUUUUUGUUGCACAACUCACCAUAUCUCUGUCUGCCAAGGUGUAUGUAGUUUAUAUGGGUAGCAGAACUAGCGAUGACCCGGAUGAAAUUCUCAGGCAAAACCACCAAAUGCUUACUGCAGUUCAUAAAGGAAGUACUGAGCGAGCCCAGGCCUCCCACGUUUAUAGUUAUAGACAUGGUUUCAAAGGCUUUGCGGCGAAGUUGACGGAGCAGCAAGCUUCGGAAAUGGCUAAUAUGCCCGGCGUGGUCUCUGUGUUUCCCAAUUUAAAAAGAAGGCUGCACACCACUCAUUCGUGGGAUUUCAUGGGUCUCGUGGGCGAAGAAACCAUGGAAAUUCCAGGGUAUUCCACCAAGAAUCAAGAAAAUGUUAUCAUUGGUUUCAUUGAUACGGGUAUAUGGCCUGAAUCCCCAAGUUUCAGUGAUGACAACAUGCCUUCAAUACCAGCUGGAUGGAAUGGACAAUGCCAAUCAGGAGAAGCAUUUAAUGCAUCAUCUUGCAACAGGAAAGUGAUUGGAGCCAGAUAUUAUUUGAGUGGCUAUGAAGCUGAAGAAGAUCUGAUAACGUCUGUGUCAUUCAAAUCCCCUAGGGACAGUUCUGGUCAUGGCAGCCACACAGCCUCAACAGCUGCAGGCCGGCAUGUGACAAACAUGAAUUAUAAGGGCUUGGCAGCCGGAGGUGCUAGGGGAGGUGCUCCGAUGGCAAGGAUUGCAGUGUACAAGACUUGUUGGGCCUCAGGUUGCUACGAUGUGGACUUACUAGCUGCCUUUGAUGAUGCAAUUAGAGAUGGCGUUCAUAUCUUGUCUCUGUCCCUAGGUCCUGAAGCACCUCAGGGAGAUUAUUUUAAUGAUGCCAUCUCCUUGGGAUCAUUCCAUGCUGCUAGCCAUGGGGUAGUGGUAGUUGCUUCAGUUGGAAAUGAAGGAAGUCAAGGUUCUGCAACAAACCUUGCUCCAUGGAUGAUCACUGUUGCCGCUAGUUCAACAGAUAGGGAUUUUACAUCUGAUAUCGUAUUAGGAGAUGGUGCUAAUUUCACGGGUGAAAGUCUGAGUCUGUUUGAAAUGAAUGCCUCCACAAGCAUCAUCUCUGCUUCCGAAGCCUAUGCAGGAUACUUCACUCCCUAUCAAUCCAGCUACUGUUUGGAGAGUUCCUUGAAUAAUACCAAGACUAGAGGGAAGAUUUUGGUAUGCCAACAUGCCGAGAGUUCAACAGAUUCAAAGCUGGCAAAGAGUGCAGUAGUCAGAGAAGCUGGUGGAGUUGGGAUGAUUCUUAUAGAUGAAGCAGAUAAGGAUGUUGCCAUUCCUUUUGUGAUCCCUGCAGCUAUUGUUGGAAGGGGCACAGGGGGCAGGAUUCUAUCCUAUAUUAAUCAUACACGAAAACCAGUUUCUAGGAUUUUCCCAGCAAAGACUGUAUUGGGAUCUCAUCCUGCUCCUCGAGUUGCAGCAUUUUCUUCAAAAGGUCCCAAUGCCUUAAACCCAGAAAUUUUGAAGCCUGAUGUCUCAGCUCCUGGAUUGAAUAUCCUUGCAGCCUGGUCUCCAGCAAUUGAGAAAAUGCAUUUCAACAUUCUCUCUGGAACUUCUAUGGCUUGUCCGCAUGUAACAGGAAUUGUGGCCUUGGUCAAAGCUGUGCAUCCAUCAUGGUCUCCAUCUGCAAUUAAAUCUGCGAUCAUGACAACGGCAACUAUUUUGGAUAAGAACCGCAGGUCCAUCACUGUUGACCCUGAAGGAAGAAAGGGGAAUGCAUUUGAUUAUGGCUCAGGCUUCGUGAACCCCACAAGAGUCCUUGAUCCUGGCCUCAUCUAUGAUACAGAGCCAACAGAUUACAAAGCGUUCCUCUGUUCAAUCGGUUACUCUGAGAAGUUGCUGCAUUUGAUCACAAGGGACAACAGCACAUGCGAUCAAACUUUUGCAACUGCAUCUGCACUGAACUACCCAUCAAUCACAGUGCCCAAUCUUAAAGACAACUCCUCAGUUAGUCGAACAGUGACAAAUGUUGGGAAACCAAGAAGUAUUUAUAAAGCAGUAGUGUCCGCUCCUACUGGAAUUAAUGUAACUGUUGUACCACACCGGUUAAUCUUCAGCCACUAUGGCCAGAAGAUCAAUUUCACUGUGCAUCUCAAGGUGGCUGCCCCAUCACACAGCUAUGUGUUUGGGUUCUUGUCAUGGAGGAACAAAUAUACACGAGUAACCAGCCCACUGGUUGUCCGCGUUGCACCUACCAGUUUAGGGUUAAUGAGAUAACAGGCUCGGAACUGAGGAAUGUUGUUUACAUAUAUUACAGCAGCAUACAGAAAAUUUUAAUCCCAGUGCAGAAUUUAGAUCAUAGACCAAAGUGAAACAAGCUUCACAAAUUGGAGAUACAUCAGUCCAACAAGUGUUUCCUUUCCUUUCUUGUCUCUGUGUUGUGCCCAUACCAAUGCUUUUACUCCUACUCCCUUGAGAAUUUAAGUAAAUCUGACGUACAUCACUGAUUCUCGACAA